AUGUUUUCCCUACUGAAAGUCCUUUGGGCACGCCCCGGACCCAAAUUGGAUAUUUCCUUCAUCUAUCAUCCAACGCGAGCCCAGUCCCGGGGUUACCACUGCCGCAGCAAGGGUGGAGUGGGCAUCGACAGGCUGAACCAAAUGCUUGAGGCGCUUGUAUGCGACGUGCUGGGUCUCAAAAAGUUUUGGCGCUCGAUACAAGGCAUUUUCGUCGCUCGAGAUGGAUCACGAGGCUGGGUAACAUACCGCUCUUCAACGGAGGACUCCGACUUUUCGUGGCAUUAUAGUUGCAAGGAGUUUCGGGUCGAAGAUGCGUCUGGGGGAUUAUCCGUCGCAUUCGUGGAACCGAAGCCGACACUCGUCAGCCUUCCUCGACAGACCCUCAAUCUGAUAUCUCGUCUCGUCACCCAAGGGAACAAUGCCACCGUCGACAUCGAUAUCGACCGCGGAACUCUCACUGGAGUCAGCCCGGCCCUUUUAGCAGUGAACCGCCAGCUUAGAACCAGCGCCGAACCUCUAUUCCAGGACAAUCAUUUCAGGGUGAAAAUGACAUCGGACACCUGCCAGACAACUUUCAACGGAUUCGAGGCCCUCCGGAAGUGGGUCUGUACUAGGCGAUCGGGUAGUUACCCUUGGGCGCCCCAAAGCCUCCGGCAUUUGACUCUCAUACUACACUUCGAGACCGAUGAAGCGGAGAAACUGGCAGAUAUCUCUAUCGGCAUCACGGAGCUCGUCCGUGUACUCGGAGACGUCCCCCAGAAGGACGUCAACAUCUGCUUCUCGCUCUCUCGCAAACUUACUGGAAAGGACUGCAAAUCCACUACCACCACCACGAUCUCGCUCAAGGCCCUCCGCCUCAAAGCGCUCAUUGCCCUUCACCAGAUCGCGCGUAAGUAUCCGUAUCUCAAGCAUCACCGGUGUCCCGAUCUCUGGAUGAACGGCCUCGGUAAAAUCACAGACGCUACACGGCUUUUUCCCACUCCGGUCCUGCGCAGCACGCUGUACGACAUUUACAAGCGGGAGAAGGAGCUCAGUCUGCUCAGGAGAUUUGGGUGGCGGUAUUCCAGCGCCUUUGAGAGUCCGGUGACUCAGCACUGUGACGGCUCGCUGGGCAACUAUCUCGGAUACUUGAGGCGCGUUUUGUGUCACCCUGGAGUCGCAUUGGAUUAUAAUUAUUGGGCCAAGAGCUAUUCCGUGCCGCCUUCUCAAUGAUGAAAUGGGCGAGCUGAGCCACGUUUAGCAAAGGCCAAAAACUUUUGUUGCGCGCAGCGCAGUAUCGAAAUUGCGA